ACGACAUUCUCCCCCUCUUUUCCUCUCUCGCUUUCUCUCUCUCAACAAUGCUGCCCCAUAUUCACUUUCUCUACAUCACUACCUCAAAGAUUUUAAAAGAACAAGUGAAAGCACACCUUUGGCUCUGACUUUUUCCAUAUUCAGGAGGGAAAAGAUUGAAAUAGAAACUGUAUUUAUACCUACUCAGUGUAAGGACAAGAUGGAAAAAUCCAUGUCCUCAAUAAUGUAAGAACCAUCAACUGACAGUUUUGUUUAUCUGUAGGUACAUACACGUCCAUGGAAUGUCCAACCUCACAAGACUAUCUGAAUUCAUCUUAUUGGGACUCUCCUCUCACCCAGAGGACCAAAAACCACUCUUUGUCCUCUUUCUUAUCAUGUACCUGGUCACUGUGAUGGGAAACCUGCUCAUCGUCUUGGCUAUCCGCUCUGAUCCUCAACUCCAAAAUCCCAUGUAUUUCUUCCUAAGCGUCUUGUCCUUUGCUGAUAUUUGCUACACAACAGUUAUAGUCCCCAAGAUGUUGGUGAACUUCUUAUCGGAGACAAAGACCAUUUCCUACAAUGAAUGCCUGGCACAGAUGUAUUUCUUCCUGGCCUUUGGAAACAUGGACAGUUAUCUCCUGGCAGCUAUGGCCAUUGACCGCUAUGUAGCCAUUUGUAACCCUUUCCACUAUGUCACUGUUAUGAACCACAGACGCUGUGUGCUGCUACUGGCCGCCUUCACAGCUUUCUCCUACCUUCACUCCCUCCUGCAUGUCCUCCUGGUGAGUCGGCUCACUUUCUGUGCAUCAAAUGUUAUCCAUCACUUCUUCUGUGAUGUGAACCCCAUUCUGAAGCUGGCCUGCUCUUCUACAUCUGUCAAUAGAGUUGUUGCCAUGACAGAAGGGCUGGCCUCUGUGAUGGCCCCAUUUGGCUGCAUUGUCAUCUCUUACCUGAGAAUCCUCAUUGCUGUCCUCAAAAUCCCCUCAGCUGCUGGAAAACGCAAAGCCUUCUCCACCUGCAGCUCCCAUCUCACUGUGGUGACUCUGUUUUAUGGGAGUAUUAGUUAUGUCUAUUUCCAGCCAUUGUCCAGCUACUCUGUCAAGGACCGAAUAGCAACAGUCAUCUACACUGUGCUGACAUCAAUGUUGAACCCAUUUAUCUACAGUUUAAGAAAUAAAGACAUGAAACGGGGCUUGGAGAAACUGAUAAGCAGGAUUAAGUCUCAAAUGGAUAGGCUUUCUACUGCAAAAGCCAAGAAAAUUUGUGGACCCUGAUUACAAGGUGUGGGGUGUGGUGAUGUGUGCACACAUGCACACUCCUACACACACACAGCCUCUGAGGAAAGUCUUCCAUGGAGAAAUAUUCUUUCAUCAACUAGAACCACACCCUGUCAUCGUUCACCGCUUGGUCUCUGACAUGCUGCAGUUGGACAGUUCUACCCAUGUCUUGAUUCAUACGCUACAGUGAUAGACACACACCAUAAUACCUCUCCUUUAAAUAUUCCCUUUCCCUUUUUCAUAUUCAGAACCUCCCAUAUUUCCAUCUAUUUUUAACUUUAGCCAAAUUUGGUCACUUAAAUUCUGGUAUACAUCUGUGUAGAAGUCUAUAUGCAUGCAAAGAUACUUAUACAUACAUAAACAUUUUUCUAGUUAAAUUUCUAGAAGUUUUUGCAGGUAUGGGUAUGUGUAUUUGACCUCCAGAUCAGACCAGGUUCUUCCAAAUUGUAGCAUCUGUGUUCCCCAAUCAUGUGCUGAUAGUACCAUGGUCCCUGUUUAAAAAUUCUUCCAACGUCUCUGUUUAAAAAUUCUUCCAACGUAUGGAUAUUUUAUGGCUAUCCUAGGCUUUUGGGUUAUUAGAUUUAUGACAAAGAAAUCACUUGACUAUUAAUUAGCCAGCUCUAUGCCUUUACAUGUUUUGGUCUCUACUCUUCCUCACCUCCGUGUGCUCAGAGUGAAUUCAUUACUUGACUCUUUCUGUGGCUCCUUGCCUGUGUGUUCUUCUCUCUUAGAGAUGGCUGUUUUUCCAAAUUAUUUGUUAUAUGCUGAUUUUAUUUUCAGAAUGAAGGAAGGUUUAUUUAUUCUGUUUAAUCAGAAAUCCUUCCAGGUGUUGCUUUUGUGGCGUAGUGGUUAAUGAAUCUGACUAGGAUCCAUGAAAUUGAGGGUU